UCCGUCGGCGCCGCGGUCAGGACGAGAGUUUCGCACGUGACUCGGUCAGGUAGGCUGCCGAUGGAAGCUCGUCGCUGAAAGCAUUCGCUAUGUGGACCCCGUCGUGAUUUACGAAAAUCGUGCAACGGUAUAUUGUUUCUUUAUUCCUCUCCCUUUUAUCCUGUCUAUUUCCCGCACUCCCGUAUCCAUCCAUCAUCGACGACAAUCGGCCCAGGGCGUCGUGAAGGCGUCGCGGUGAUUCGCGAGAUCAAAUGUGCAAGGUGGACAACAGUGUGACAUAGUGAGCAAAAGUAGAAGACGAAGAAGAGAUCGGCAGGAGGGCAGAGGAGCGAGGAACGCGGGAAGACAAGCAGGAGGUGGAUGAUGAUGAUGAUGAGGGGGCACAGGAAGAGGGCGCCGAGCCCUGAUGCACUCGCAUCUUCUGCAUAGGGGAUCGUUCCGUCUCUUCGACGUCCGACGUGACGACGAGCAACGAGCACGCCAAGGACGACGACGACGACGACGACGACAACAACGACGGCGACGACGUCGCUUAGAAGCCUCCAGCACGAAACCAGCACUGCCGUUUGUUCUCCGAGAUGGCGGAUGAAAAGGAGAAGCAGACGUUCCUGCAGAAGCUGCUGUUCUAUACGACCGCGUUCUUCAUCCUCCUCAGCACCUUUAGCCUCUUCGCCUUCCUCUUCUUGGUCCCCUUCGUUAUCGACCCCGCCUUCACCACCAUCUUCAUGCAGUUUGACACUCGACCUGCCGAGUGUAUCACCAUCGACGUUGAAUCUAGAAGAGGUGCGAGCAAUUGCUCAUGGACAUCCUGUAGAGAGGGUUGCACUAAGGAGCUGUACGAUUGUACGCAAAUACGCGUCAACUAUAAGCUACCAGAAAACGUGUCCGAAGGAGCGGAUGAGGAAGGCGAAGUGGUAGGAGGUGUCGAGGACGACGAAGAGAAUAAGCGGAUGUCGCGUUACGAGCGCUCUUUAGGCGAGUAUGUCGAGAACCUCGACAUGAAUAUCGCCGUGGAUGACGAGACCGGGCUGUUGAAACCUUCCCCUACAGGUUUCAUGGUCAACGACUCCUGGUACUUCACCGGGGCCAAGCUGUUCCCUAACGUAAAAGGCUGUGGAUACCCUCCAAUGCUGAAUUGCACUAUUUUCUACCGGCAGUACGCCAACAUAGGACAGAACUUUAGCUGUUACUACUCGAAAGUGGAUCCCGGGAUAGUCAUCAGCGACCUCGACAUGUGGCAGGUGUACAUGAAUCUUGUGUACGCGAUGGCGAUUCCGAUACCGUCUUUCAUAAUCUCGGUGAUAUACCUCACCAUCGCCUACUUCAAGAUCUACAACGAAGACGAGGAAGUCCUCGUGGGUGGCGAAGAGGGUGAGGAGGGGGAGGAAGGGGACGGGGGUGACGGUACACCCUUGCCGCCCACUAGCGGUGCAUUGACGCCCGGAAGUGAAGCCUUCAGGGAGGAUUUGGCAAGUUUCGGGCACCAACUCAAGGUUGCGAUGGCCGACGACAUCAGCAGGGAAAGUCUUGAUGGCAUUCCUAACUCGCUCUCUCUUCAGGGAAACUUGAGCAAGACGAUGACGACGAGUAUCUCGACUCCCCCUGGGCCGACGGUGGCAGUCUGAAGCGGCACUUUCAAGGUCUGAAUAAUAUUUCGUGGAGACCACACUGAGCGAUUCUUAUGUCGCGUAAAAAAAAAAUCAAGACGUUACAAGACUUGGCUAAAUAAAAGCUUCAACAACCGAGGAAGAGCCAAGUUACCUUUCUCUCAGGAUCGACUAAAAAAAGAAUCCACCCUCGCGAUUCACGGAGUGAACCAGAGGAACACUCGGUAUCCCGAGCACAACUCGAAUAUGCGGUGAUUACAGAGGAAAUCUUGACAAAUCUGCCAUUCUCUCUAUUGUAAAUCUGUCCUCGACUAACAAAGACAGCGCCAAUUACACCUACAGAUAUCACGACGAUAUUUUGCGACGAACUUUUUCGUACUCGAUAAUAGCUCAAUCGCGCGAAGUCGCAUAAGUAUAUCAUAUAAUUCUGUCGCAGCUCGCGCGCACCAGGAGAUCCUAAUUCUCUUCGAGUGCGAUGCUCGAAUACGCCGAAAAAGUUCUUCGUUUCUUGCAAUGUUUAACGUUUGGCACGCGGUAAGCCAUUUAUUCCGCGUGCCGGAAUUGAUUUACCUCGCACGAUGCCUUCUUCGUAGCUUUGUCAAAGUGCGGUUCGAAGCCAGCUCGCGUGUAUCUCGUGCCUAUCGCAUUCCGCAAACACGAAGAGUCUGUCCUUACAUCGUAUAUGCAAGCGCGUUCGCAGCGUACACGCUAUAUAUUUUUGAGCGAUUUUCCACAAUUGCGGCGGCAGAUGAUUGUCCUGCGUGGAGGGGAAAGAUAGAUCUGUCAUUUUGGAAGCGACACAAGACCAGAAACAUUGAAAUCCAUGCUAUUUCUGAAUAAAGAAAAAAAAGGAUGCAUAUGUGUGAAAAAAUUAUAAAUGUCAAAAAAAUUUAUAUAUUAUACUACACAGGAUAAAAGUUUAUAAAAUGACAGAUUAUAAAUCUGUCUCUUGGCGAGUCGUAAAUUUCUAGAUUGACAUACCAUUGUACGAUUCGAUCUCACAAAGUUACGGACUACGUGCUUCUCAAAACAAUCGAUAUGAAUUUUUGCAACGAAAGUGCACUCCGAGUAUAUAAACAAAUGGCUCUCUCUCUCUCUCUCUCUCUGGUUCACUCAACGAUACCGAGCGGACGUCCGGAGAACGCAGAGGAAGGAAGGAAAAAAAAGGGACAGAUGCGUGCAGAGAAUCAAUAAACUCGCAGCAUCACACGCUAUCUGUAUAUUAGGGUCACGAGUUAUCUAUGGACUAAAAAACUUAAUCAGUAAACAUUACGAGCUAAGCUAUCGUUAAACGUUACGAGUAUUAAUCAGGUAAUUCGCUUGCUGUGUGAUCAUGAUGCGUCCACUCACCCAUGCAUCGUAGACACUUUUUAUCAGACCACGACACACCACAUCCGUUCCACUUUUAAACUAAAUUUGGCGACACGCUUUUUUGCAAGUAUAAAACGCGCGAUUCGCAAGAGUCCACCCCCGCACCCCGUUGCGGCCUCGUCCAUAUUAUAUAUAUUUAUAAUCUCCACACGCACAAAUUCCAACGUUUUUUCAGGUACCUGACUGACACACAUGCUCGAAGAAACGUAGGUACCACUUCGCGAGUCUUACGACUGCUAUAUGUAUACAUAUAUACAUAUACAUAUAUAUAUAUAUAUAUAUAUAUAUAUAUAUAUAUAUAUAUUUAUGUGCGUUUAAAUCGAUACGAGUACAUACAAAGCGAAGAAACACGUAUAGCAGUAUAUACACAUGACACAAAAGCAAACUUCAGCGAGCACAAAUCCAGAUACUCGCUGUUUUUAAAUUUGUUUUAUGCGCUCAGUUAUGAUUUUUUAUAUCUCUAACAAGAUAAAUUAUGGCGCAAAUUUUUUUAUAGAGAAACAAGAAGAGAAGAAAAUAGUAUCAAGAAGCUAAAAGAAACAGAUAUGUCGUCAUCUAAAUCUUCUCAGUAUCGUUUGUAUUUUGCCAUUAUAUUUUUACAUACGAUUGAGCUACUUCGUUGCUUUUCGAGAAGAGGCGAAACUUAUAUUUGAGCUUUGUGGUUUAUAAAUCACGAUCUCAAUCGUAAUGAGUUUCACGCUAGUUUUCAAAAAAAGAAAAGAACGGCUUAUUUUAUUAAUUAUCGUUUUAAUAUCAACGGCGAAUAUAAUUAGUUGUACACAUCAUGAUUUCAUAAAGCGCUAACGUCGCCUGGAAUAUCGACCAAACGUUUGCCGUAUGGAAACUAAUCCUACGAAUAAUACAGUAUUGUUUCAAGAUAUCUGAAUAUUUCGUUGUAACAUUUAUAUUGAAACGUUGAGUGCUUCAUUAAAAAGGGUAAAUUAUUUGUAAUUAUUUACGAUGUAUGUGGAGCUCUCGAAAAUGUUAAUAUUCCAUGCGGCAUUAAAUUGAUCAAGGUGUAAAAAAAAAACCGCAAUUAAUGCUCAACAUCGAUUCGCAUUUCCGGAAAUUCUGCUAUUUCUGCGGAUCAUAUACACACGUACACGACACAUACUAUCACGAAAAACACAUUCUACACACAUCGAUAAUCUAUGAAAAAGAAAAAAAGAUAAUUGAAUUGUUUUUAUGGAUUAAGAACAAGUUGUCUGUGAUCUACAAUAAUUAAAAGAAUAUUUAAUAAGUAUUAACAGAUACAAAAGUAUAAUUGAUAUAUAAAAUAUCGAUAAAAUAUUGAACGAAUAUGGAAGAAAGAAAAAUAAUGGAUCAGAUUUUAUUGAUACAAGUUAAGCGCAGGUUUCUCGAGGCAUUGGUAGAGCAAUACGAUAGCAAGAGAGAAAUAAAAUAUCGUGUGAAAAAUUAAAGUCGCUGCAAAAGAGAAUUCUAGAAAAAAAGAGGUAUAUUAUAUAUAAUUAUAACAAAAAUAUAGAGACUUAUACGAUAGAGCACGCAACGUCAAAACAUUUUAAAUCGCUGUUGUUAAUUUCUGCGAACUCUGUACUAUAGAACGCGCUUUUCCCACAUACUUCUUGUAUGGAAAAAGCGAGCCAAAAGAGAGAAAAAAAAAAAAGAGUAUGCUUCUAUUCUUUGAGCAUAUUGAAAGCUUGGUAUAAGCUCUGUUAAAAGUUUUAAUUGGUGUGUAUUAUGACCAGGCAAAUCUUUAGCUAUAGAAUCUAAAAAAAUCUUAUUGAAAAAAUUAUACUAUGAAAAAAAGAUAUAAAAAAAUAAAAAAAUCUCUUUUGACUCGUCAAUGCGCGUUCCAGUAUAUAAAGUUCAGUGAUCUGUACUAACUUGCGAUAUAAAAACAAAAGUGCGUGCUGCGUUCGGAUCGUACCAAUAAAUAAAUAAAUAAAUAUAUAUUUUUAUUUAUUUAUUAUAUGGUAUUUGACCGUCGCGGCUAAAAGUACAUAGGAUUAGAUAGAUUUAUAGAAGCGCAAAACACCAAAAAUCGUUCCUUCCACCCGCUCCGGCCGUGUAUUCGAUUAUCGAUUUUAAGUAUAUCGCAUCUCAUACGUGAAGUCAAAGCUCUGUGAAACUUAAUAAAAGCGCACCUCGAAACGCAAUUUGCAUCAUUUUAUUAAAAUAAUAAAAAAAAAUAAAAGAAAUUAUAUACUUGCCCUGAAUAACAUCAUUGAAUAAGUUAUUCAACGAGUGUGUUUGCAAAAGAUAAUUUUUGUACAGUUCUUGCACACACAAGAAGAACGUGCAACAUCGCCGUCGUCGUCUUUAUAUUUAUGUACAUUUCAAUUAUUAUGAAUUUUUCGAUAUUAUUAUCGAACUAUGAUCGAUUUCGUGUGAAAGUGUAUAUGGCUUUUUCUGCGGUUAACAAUAAAAUGUUGUCAAAGCUUUUUUCACGAUAUA